CCUCGAGUACAACAGCUGUUUGCUCUUUACCUAUAAAUUUACAAUUACAAGGAAAAUAGAGUCCAAUUAAACAACCUCUUGAUAUUUGUAUUAAAGAAAAUCUAGGGUUAAUUCGGUUCCUGAAUUUCUAGGGUUAAAUUCGCUCGAGUCAGAUAAUUGCAUCAGUAGCACGAGAGAAAUCCCAAAUUUUAUAUCGACAAUAAAAAUCUAGGGUUAGUUCGUUUCCUGAAUUUCUUUGAUAAUGCUCUGAGAAAUUUCUCGAAAUCGUUGGGAAAUUUUGAUUUCUUUUGCGGCAACUUAAGAAGAUAUCUCUCACUUUGAUUGAAAUGGGAAAGAGAAAAGAAAGAAGAUUAGCUGCGAAGAUGGGUGCUGGUCGUAGAGUAAAGCUCGAUCUUUUCGCUGAACCCUCUGGAGACGUGGGUGGGUCCCCUGCGAAAGAUGACGAUUGGAAGGAUGAGGACAACAAACUCGAUCAGGAGUUGCCAAAUUCACCCUCUUCUUCAGGUCAACCACGAGAGAAUCCUCUAUCACUGCUUGGUCAAUAUAGCGAUGAUGAGGUUGAUGAUGCAUCAAAAGAAGAAGCUACUAACUCCAAUGAUAACAAACAGGCUAAAAGCUCUGAUGGAGAGCCAUUUGAAGAGGGGGAAAUUAUUGACGAUGAAGACCAUUCUUCUCAAAAGGCUCACACUCCGGAUGUAGAAAGAGAUACUGCCUCAGGAAAUGCUUCACUGAUAGCAGAUGCUGAUGCUGGGGCUAGUGGUAUUGUUAGUUUAGACGAGACAGAUCAUGAUGUUAAUAUGGAGAACAAAGAUCAUGUCCCUGUGACUUCUAACUCUAAACCUACGGAAGAAAUGAGUUCUACAUGGAAAAUGGUGCUGCAUGAAGAGAGUAAUCAAUACUAUUACUGGAACACUGUUACUGGAGAAACUUCAUGGGACCUACCUGAUAGUUUGACUCAGGAAACUGCAAUGACCAAUAAACUAGAAACUUCAGGGACAGAAAUCAAAGAAACUGCAGCUGGAGAUGUGAAUGUUCCAGCUACUUUUGGUGUAAAUUUGGAUGGUUUUCCAGCUAGUCAUGAUGUAGGGUACACCAGUGAAACUUCAAGUAUGAAGGCCAUAUAUGAACUAGGAGCCCAUGUAAAUCAAUCUCAGGAGCAAAAUGGACAUGUAGGAAGUCAGUCUCUGGGGGGCUUUUCUGUGGUAGGUGCGGUUCCUUAUGAGGCUUCUUCUCUUGGAAACUAUUCCUUUUCUCUAAGUGCUGGCAGUGAGAACCUAACUUCAAUUGGUUAUGAGGGUCAUGAUCAGAGUGCAUCAGCAAGAGAACAGGGGACAGCUGAGCUUCCUUCACAACUUGUGAAAAAUUGCGAAGCAUUGCUGGAAAGACUGAAAUUGUUGCAAGGGUCUGCUGUUGAUUCAAAUGAAAGUGGUUGGUUAUCUAGAUUUAUGUUGGAGAUUGAGAUUCGGCUUUCUGAUAUUAGGUGUCUUAUACCCUAUGGGUUGUCUCUAGUUCCAUUUUGGAUGCACUCAGAAAGGCAGCUCAAUCAGCUUGAAAAUGCUAUUAAUGCGGAAAUUGGGAAACAAAAAAGUGAAGUUAGUGGAUUGCAUUCAUCUUCUGAAGGGAAGGAGGCAAAUAUGGAUGUUGGGGGGGAAGCUAAGGUGCACGCAGAUACAAGAAAAUUGUCUUCUGAUUAUUCUGUUGCUACUAAGCUUGAUGUGGAUCCACCCAAAAUGAUUCAGGAAGCUGAAGAUGAUGAGGUUUCUGAUGGUGGCAUCUCAAAUGCUCUGCAAAGUUCUCUACCAAACCCUUCUUUACAAUUGCAUUUUGCAAAUAAAGAUGGCCAAGAAUUUGCAAAAGGUGCAGUUUAUGGAAAAGGUUGUCCAAAUCCUGAAUCAGAGUCUAGUGAGGAUGUAGAUAUGGAAAUUGAUAUGGAAGUUGAAGAACAAAGUCCUUCGAUGAAAACUAAUGUUGAUAGUGGAGGUCAAUUGGUAGUCCCGCCUGGGAAAUUAGUUCAGCCUAGUGCUCUAAUACCUGCAGCUCUUCCUGUGUCAGAUAGUGAACUUGUCAUUCCACCUCUUCCCCAGGAGGAGUGGAUUCCCCCACCUCCACCUGAUGAGGGGAUUCCUGACAUUCCUCCUCCUCCACCUGAUGAGCCUCUCGAGUCUUUAUGUCCACCGCCACCUCCAUCUGAACCAGUCCCAUCCAUUUAUAGUGAACCCCAAAAUAUUGCUUAUACCUCUGUGGACUAUUACGGAAACAUAAUUUCUAGUUCACUGGGAACCAAUUAUCAGCAUCCUGAUGCAGUUCAGCUUAUUGGUAUCACUCCCUCAGCUUACUAUGCUGCCAUCUCAAGUGCUCAGCCGACUUCUGUGCUUAAUCCUUCUGAUUCUACUGCGUAUUAUUGCAUUCAGACUGGUGCAUUACCAGUUGUCCCUGUAUCCACUUCUAUGGAGUCCUCCAACUUCCUUGCUGUCUCUAGCCAUCCAAGUUAUGAUCCUCUUGCCCCUGUUGCUAGGACUGAUAUUGCCCCCACUCAAGUUUCUUCAACUUUGGAAGCAUCUGCUUCAGCAAUUGCAUCUACAAAAGAAGUUGCAUCUGCUUCUUACAGCGCUGCACCAACUUCUGUUAUGGUCACUAGUACAUCAGUGGCUGUUUCUGAAGCAUCUACCACGGUUUCAAAGGUGCAGUCUAAAGCUUCACGAACGAAAAAGCCAAAGGUUGCAGUGGCUUCCUCGUUGAGGUCUAACAAGAAAGUGUCUAGCUUGGUGGACAAGUGGAAGGCUGCAAAGGAGGAGUUGGAGGAAGAAGAAGAAGAGGAGCGUGUUACUCCAUUGGAAAUUUUAGAAAAGAAAAAACAACGAGAAAUAGAGGAAUGGCGUGCACAGCAGAUUGCAAGUGGGGAGGCUAAAGAAAACGCUAAUUUCCAACCACUUGGAGGUGACUGGCGUGAACGUGUGAAGCGCAAAAGAGCUCAGAAGGAAGUUGCUGCAGGAACUACCUCAAAAGUUGCUGAUAAUAAAAUGAAGCAACCUGAUUUAAGUGAGCUAUCGAGAGAUCUUCCUCGUGGGUGGCAGGCUUACUGGGAUGACUCGUCAAAGCAAGUUUACUAUGCUAAUUCAUUCACCGCGGAGACUACAUGGACUAGACCAACAAAAUAGACUUUCAAGUGCACACCAUCUCUACUCUUAGACGUAGUUGCGGCUCCAUGUUAGUUUCGAGGUGAUGCUCACUGUAUAUUUAGAGUUUAUGCACAUUUUUAUUCUAGAUUAUAGUUGAACUUCAUAGAACACGUUUAAAGGCGAUUUUUCUAAGGCCUACUUUGUAAAAAUCAUCUUUUGAUCAAUUUUGUUUCCUUUCAAAAUGAUUUUAUAUAGUGGUUGCUAAGAAUAGUAUUCUUUGCUAA